AUGCCACGGCCCGCCACCACUUUUUCUGCCCUCGCAGCCGGCCAUCAUAUUCAGCGACUUUUGUUCGAGGCCGAGGGCCCGGAGGCUGCUCGGGAGAAUUUCAAGGAUACCUCGGGUUGGACGUCAAUUUGGAAAAUGUCGAUGACGGAUGGGAACGAUCGUUGGCCAUCGAUGAAAUGGAGAGUCGUCAGGGCCAGGGAGGUUGUUCCCGACCACGCUCCACUCAUCACCACCUCCCCUGAAAACCCCUCGCAACGCCUGCCCUACCUCAUCGUGGCCAUGUCGAUGAUGAUGGUGCUCGUCUCCUGGAUUUUGUACCGAACCCUCGCUUCU